AAAUUGCGGAUGUGUUUUUUUUAACACGACGGUGGGACGUUUUUUUCAAUUUUGCACUGGAUUUGGUGUCGCUACAGUAUUAAUAAGCCUGGUCAAAGGCCGCUGAAGCGCGACGCUGAAAGUGCCUUCAGCCUUGGAGGUGAAUGAUCACAGCUGAAGCUACCUUUUUAAGUAAUACGUUCCUUCCUUUCUUUAACAAUCAGCGCAACGCGUCUCCUUGAGCAUCCCCUCCUCCGCGGGAGAUAUCCCGUUCUUUGUUCCCGGACCUUCUGAAACUGAUGUCAGAACCUCGACCCUCGCGUGAAUGUUCGUGCCAUGGCCUUGCAAGGUCAAAGUAUGGACAUUUUACCGAUGCAUACAGCAACAACAAGAAAAGUGUCUGUCGCAAAAUGUCCGAAGCUCUAUUUGGCAUCAGCAACAGUAAUUUCACCUCGAGAGUCUCGACCAAGAUGCAAGAUCUCAAGAGGCAAUGGGAAAGCGAAAGCUUCACUGCCGACCAAUCGAGUGGUCAAGGAAACUUGAUUGACGGAAUGACUUGGUCUGAGUAUAGGGCACACGCUUUACCUCGUCUUGCUCUCGGUGAUGCCAUCUGGCAAGGUCGCGUCUCAGCAGACUCGAAUGUUGCCUAUGACAGCAGCAUUGGACUAAGCUUGAAUGGACAAGCGGUGGAUGUCUCCACCAUUGUUCCUACCCAGGGGAAUCAUCGGCCAGCAACAGAGCUACAAGAAGACAGGCGUAUGUCGAUGAUGAAACACUUUCACAAGUGGAAUCAUUGAUCACGGGUCGAACCCAGGCAGAUAUUGCCAAACAAGGAAGGGUGAAGGCCUUUUACGAGUUGAAAAAGGCGCAGGAAGAUCGACAAGCAGUUCUGGAACGUGCCGCUGAGGCUAAACGCGCCCGAAAACACGAACGCCAUAUGGAGAACGCCCG